AUGUAACUAAAUCAUAAAGAAGGAAAAUAAACUAUAGUAGCAAUAGCAGGUGUUCCAGGUUCUGGAAAAACCUAUUUCUGCAAAAAUAUAAUAUUACAAUAAUACCCUAAUGCAAAAAUAAUUCCAAUGGAUGGUUAUCACAUUUACAGAAAGGAUUUAAAUGAAGAAGGAUUAAAAAGAAGAGGAGCAGCCUUUACAUUUGAUCAUAAAAGAUUCAAAACAGAUUUAACAAAUUUAAGAGAAACAGGAUCUGGAUCAUUCCCAGAUUUUGAACAUUCUAUCAAAGAUCCUGUAGAAAAUGCAAUUCAGAUAACUAAAGAAGAUANAAGUAGAAAUGAUCAAUAUUAUAAUUAUAAUAAAAUAUGA